ACUUGUCAGUGGGGCUGCGUGCUGUCUCGGAAGCUUUAGUAACUCGCUGUGUCCUUGCUCAGAUUCCGCUCCUGUCACCGGCAGAAUGGGGGCCCAGCUCAGCACGCUCGGAAGAAUCGCAAGUUUCCCAUUCGCGAUAAUUUAUGGCAUUUUCCUGAGAAUUUUUGGCAAGCGUGCCCCUGCCAUCACCUUGGAGAGUGCGGACAUCAAAUACCCCCUACGACUUAUUAGCAAAGAGGAAAUCAGCCAUGACACUAGAAGAUUCCGCUUUGCUUUGCCUUCUCCUGAGCAUAUCCUGGGUCUUCCGAUCGGGCAGCACAUCUAUCUGUCGGCCAGGAUCGACGGCAAUCUGGUGGUUAGACCCUACACACCAGUAUCCAGUGAUGAUGAUAAAGGCUACGUAGACCUUGUUGUGAAGAUUUACUUUAAAGGAAUCCAUCCGAAGUUUCCCGAGGGAGGGAAGAUGUCUCAGUAUCUGGAAGGUCUUAAAAUAAAUGAAACUAUUGAUUUCCGGGGCCCAAGUGGUCUGCUGGUUUACAAAGGAAAAGGAACAUUUGAAAUCCGCCCUGAUAAAAAGUCUGCCUCAGUCAAAAAGAACGUGAAGCACCUGGGUCUGAUUGCUGGUGGAACCGAAAUAACCCCAAUGCUGCAACUCGUCCGUGCCAUAACCAAGGUCAAAGAUGACAAAACCACCUGCUACCUGCUGUUUGCUAACCAGACCGAGAAAGACAUCCUGCUCCGAGACGAACUGGAAGAGAUCCGAGUGAAUCACCCCAGGUUUAAGCUGUGGUACACACUGGACAGAGCGACGGAGGACUGGGAUUACAGCCAGGGCUUUGUCAAUGAAGACAUGAUUAAAGCGUUCAUUCCUGCCCCCAGCGAUGAUGUUCUCAUCUUAAUGUGUGGUCCACCACCAAUGAUCCAGUACGCUAUUAACCCGAGUCUGGACAAGCUGGGCUACCCCCAGGACCAGAGGUUUGCCUAUUAGAAAUGUCCCUGGCCGGUCAGGAGUGGGAGAUGGACGCAGUAACUGGGAUCGAAUGGAAACGUUUCCUGCAAGGAGUUUGAGAAAUGCCUUGUUAAUCACUAAGUGGGUUUUAUUAAUCUGUGCCCGCGAUGGGCUGUAUCACAAAAUAUCGACAUUCAGUUUAUAAAUUGUUUGGCUUUUUCUCCAGCAAUGUGUGACCAGCGAAAGGACAUCCAUGUACUGAAUGCGAUUAAUAAUAUAACCGCGAAACCGAAAGGUUUUUCUUUUUUGUUUGUUUUUUAUGUACUCUGUUCUGGUUGCAGUUGUCUGUGGUUCUUUGUAAAUUUGCACUUGCAAGUCUCUCUCGUAAUCUUGAAAGUAUUGCUCCUCGUUUGUGAUCAGGAAGUUAUAAACCCCGCCCACGGCGUGGCUGGGAGGCUGUAAGAGGCAGUUACAGGGUCCAGUGUAAAUACUGGUCCAGGAGCAGCGUCUUUUUAAAAGUGGAGCAGUCACCAUGGAAACCAAUGGAAGGUUCCUUCUGAUUGCUGCACUUUUAGAAGUUUCCUGUGGAAUUGCUGCAGAAAGUGGAAAUUAAU